ACUCAAGGCGAGGAAGAGCCUCGCAGGUCACUGCGUAAAAAGAAGGCACGGAGGGCACCAAUGCUGCAUCCAAGCGCAAUACUUUUAUUUGUCUUAUCUUUUUAAAGUCGCUUGAGAAACUCAAUGUCUGUGCUCGGUUAUCAAGACUGACAGUUGGGCUUUGUAUUUUAUUUUACAAUUACUUUUUGUUUUGUUUUGAACAAUUUCAUAUUUUCGGAUCUGAAAUGGGCACCCGAUUCGGGUGGUUCCUCUUUGCCCUUUCAAUGGCGCUCUCAUUCGGGCAGGACGCGGGCACCAAAGCCACAGAAGAGGACAUCCCGGAGGGCGCUUCUACCCUCGCAUUCGUGUUUGACGUGACCGGCUCCAUGUACGACGACCUGGUCCAAGUUAUACAGGGGGCGUCCAAGAUUCUGGAGACAUCCUUGAGUAGACCGAAUCGACCGCUCUACAACUUCGCUCUGGUCCCCUUCCAUGACCCAGAAAUUGGACCGGUAACAAUCACAACAGACCCGAAGAAAUUCCAGUAUGAGCUGAGGGAGCUGUACGUUCAGGGUGGUGGCGACUGUCCAGAAAUGAGCAUUGGUGCGAUAAAAAUUGCCCUGGAGAUCUCACUGCCUGGAUCCUUCAUUUACGUCUUUACAGAUGCCCGGUCCAAAGAUUACAAGCUCACCUAUGAUGUCCUUCAACUCAUCCAGCAGAAACAGUCCCAGGUUGUGUUUGUGUUGACGGGGGACUGUGAUGACAGGACUCACAUUGGCUACAAGGCUUAUGAGGAAAUCGCCUCCACGAGCUCGGGACAGGUCUUCCAUCUAGACAAGAAACAGGUCAAUGAGGUUUUGAAAUGGGUGGAGGAGGCUGUGCAGUCCUCAAAGGUCCACCUGCUGUCAACUGAUCACUUCGCUGGAGUCAGCAACACUUGGCAGAUCCCCUUUGACCCCAGUCUCAAGGAAGUCACUGUUUCCCUCAGUGGCCCCACACCAGACAUCCAGAUUAUAAACCCCCAGGGGAGGAUCAUGGGGAAGAGUGAUGGUCUGACUGAGCUGUUGCACAUUCCCAACUCUGCCAAAGUUGUCAACAUCAAGGACCCGCAGACCGGGUUAUGGACUAUCAAGACUUCUAGCGAAGGAAGACACUCUGUUCGAAUCUCAGGUCGCAGCAGUAUAGACUUCCGAGCUGGGUUCUCUCGAAAGCCCAUUGUGGAUUUCAAAAAGACAGUCAGUCGCCCAGUCCAAGGUAUUCCCACCCACAUCCUCCUGAACACAACAGGUCUUUCUCCACCUGCUCGGGCUGACAGGCUUGAGCUCUUGGCAAUCACAGGCAAAGUUAUUAAAACUCUGCCAAUCCGCUACUACCCUGAACGCCAACCAUACAGCCUCUGGAACGUCACCGAUUUGAUUCCACCAAAUGAAGCGUUUUUUCUGCGGCUGACAGGAUAUGACCGGGACGGUUUUGUGUUCCAGAGAGUUUCCAGUGUGUCCUUUUCAAGUAUUAUCCCAGAUGCCCCAAAAGUGCUGAUGCUAGCAACUACGCAUGGUUAUUAUCUCCAGAAAGGGGCUGUUAGAUGUCAAGUGGAAAGCCUGAUUCCCUUCACGCUUCGCUUCAGCAGGGAUGGAAGACGACUUGGGGUGGAUCAGCUAUUCAGUGAGUCUGACACGGCAUCAUGGGAGAUAGAAGAGGUAACUUUAAAGGAUGAAGGAUACUAUGAGUGCAUUGCUGUCAACAGUGCUGGGACAGGACGAGCUCGCACCUUCCUGGAUGUAUCAGAGCCACCUCCCGCCAUCACAGUUCAAGCCAAUGUAACAGCUUCUCCGGGAUCCCAAGCUGUCCUCACCUGCCAUGUUGUCAGCACAGUCAGCUUCAACCUGACGUGGCUGAGAGAGGGUCUCGAUGCCCGCUUGGACCCACGGGUACACAUCUUGACUGACCUCUCGCUUCAAGUAUCUGCUGUUACGCCAGAUCACUCAGGCUGGUAUGAGUGUAUUGCUGUAAAUGAAGGAGGGAUGACAGCAGAGCGAGUGAAACUCAUUGUGCAAGAGGUGCCUAGAGUCUCAGUAGAGCCUCGGAACCAGACGUUUAUAACAGGAGAAGAGGUGAAGAUCAAAUGCUUGGCCAGCGGCUACCCUCCACCCCUUUUGGCCUGGACACACAAUGGCUUGUUUAUCAUGGCAUCGAGCAGACACAGAAUGACAGCUGAUGGCAUGCUAUCAAUAAGAAAUGUGGAGAAGAGGGAUGAAGGUGCUUAUGGCUGCUUGGCGAGCAACCAAGCUGGAACUGACGCAAUGGUUUCCGUCCUCACUUACAUUGAAUCUCCUGUGGUGACAGUGGCUGUUGAUGAGAUUCUCACUGGCAGGGGAGAAAGCACCACGAUGGCCUGUUCUGCAUCUGGAAUCCCUCAGCCAGAAAUCUGGUGGUACAAAGGGGAUGUAAAAUUGCAAUCAACGUCUUCAGUGGACAUCGAUGCACUGGGAGGUAUAAUGACCAUCGAGAAUACCCAGGAAAUGGAUGCUGGAGAUUACACUUGUGUGGCUUCCAACACUGCCGGCACCUCAUCAGGAAAGGUUGCUCUUGAUGUUGGAGAUGCACCAAAGUUCAUCCAAAAACCAUUAAACCUGACAGCGGACAUCGGCUCCAAUGUGACCCUACCGUGCCAAGCCCAAGGCUAUCCAGAUCCACAGGUCACCUGGAGCAGACAGGAUGGUUUGCCCCUUUUUAUUAAGCACCACGGACAUAGCACCAUUACUCAAGACAAGGGAGGUCUUCAUAUCACCAAACUGUGGGUUGAGGAUGAGACAGAAUAUGUCUGUGAGGCUUACAACCAUUUUGGCAAGAUCCAAACCCAAGCAAGCAUCACUGUGACCGGACUGGUGCCGCCUAUCAUUGCAAUGAGUCCGGUGGUGAUCAGUGUGCUCAAAGACCAGAUGGUGACUUUACCCUGUGUAAUGUUGGCUGGCAAUCCGCUGCCUGAGAGACAGUGGUUACACAACUAUGGCCUUGUGACCUCAGAUGAGUAUGUGACCAUAUGGAGGGAUGGCAGUCUGCACAUUGAGCGAGUUCGGCUGGACGAUGCUGGUGACUACACUUGCUUGGCUGAGAGCGUUGUUGGGGCCACCAACCACACCACCACUGUCAACGUCUAUGUGAUUCCAUCCAUUCAGCAUGGCCCUCAAGUUUUCAGCACAAUUGAGGGGAAACCCAUCUCUCUGCCCUGCCAUGCCAGUGGAAUACCUAAACCCAAGAUCACCUGGUCUAAGGGUGGCGAACUUGUGAACUUGGGUGGUCCAGCCUUCUCUUUGGACUCUGACAGCAGCCUGCUCAUUGCCUCACCCUCUGGAAAUGAGACAGGAGAGUUCCUCUGCACAGCUGCCAAUACUGCCGGUCACACCUCGAGAAAAGUUCAGCUUACUGUCUAUGUCCGCCCUAGGACCAAGGCUGGCGGUGCCAGUGGCCCCUCUGAUCUAAUGAGAAUGUCAGUGAUAGAGGGUGAGGAUGCAAUUUUGCCAUGUGAUGUCCACAGUGUCCCUCCACCCUCCAUUAGCUGGGCCAAGGAGAAGCAGCUCAUCUCUCCUUACUCCCUGAGGCACAACCAGCUCCUUUCAGGCUCACUGAAGAUCUUAGAGAGCAAAGUGUCAGACAGUGGGCUCUAUGUGUGUGUGGCCUCCAACAUUGCUGGCAACCUAACUCAAUCAUUUGAACUGAGUGUUCUGGUGCCCCCGAGUAUUCAGACUGGUCCCAAGGUCAUGAAAGUCCAUAUGGGUCAUCCUGUCGAGCUUCUGUGUAUAGCGCAAGGGGUACCGAAGCCAACCCUUUCCUGGACGAAGAAUGGCAGGAGGUCUCCAAUGUCACCUGACGGCAGUCUCACUUUGAGCCCAGUGGGACUGGACGAUGGAGGAACUUACACCUGUACAGCAGCCAACAUUGCAGGCAGUGAUGAAGCUCAAGUUCAACUACUAAUACAAGUUCCACCAGUGGUCGAAGUAUUGGAGCCCCCAUUCAACAGUCCCUUACAGGAGAGAAUUGCAAACCAACGUAUCGCCUUCCCCUGCCCUGCCAAAGGCCUUCCCAAACCAGUGAUUCGAUGGUUGCGUAAUGGCCAGGAGCUGACUGGUAAUGAGCCCGGUGUGUCUAUCCUGGAGGAUGGCACACUGUUGAUUUUGGCAUCUUUGUCACCGCUGGACGACGGGGAGUAUGUCUGUGCUGCCGCUAAUGAUGCUGGGUCCACAGAGAGGAAGUACAAGCUCAAAGUCAAUGUGCCCCCCACACUCCGUGACAGUGAUGCAUCAGGAAACCUGUCUGUGGUUCAGAGCCAGCCCACCAAUUUGGCGUGUGAUAUAACAGGAAGUCCGACCCCAGUAAUCACCUGGUUCAGAGACGGAAUUCCUGUAGAGGCUAGUAACAGCAUUGAGAUUCUCGAUCAGGGCAAAACCUUAAAACUACUGAAGGCAGCCAUAGCAGAUGCGGGCAGCUACACCUGUAAAGCCAUCAACAUUGCUGGCAGCACAGAAAAAUACUUCUUUGUGGAUGUACUGGUCCCACCAACAAUUGCAGCGUCAGACUCCCCCCAAGAUAUGUCUGCAAUUCUCAAACAGGAGAUCAGUUUGGAGUGCAAAACGAAAGGUGUGCCAUUUCCCACGAUCCAGUGGUACAAGGACCGAAAGGUGGUAUUUCUCGGGGAUCCAAACUUGGAGGUCACGAAUCAUGGUCAAGUUUUAAGAAUAAAGAGUGUCCGUCUAGGAGACCAGGCGACGUAUCAAUGUAGUGUCAUGAAUAGAGCAGGCAAACAGUCCAAGGACUUCAAUCUCAGCGUGUAUGUUCCCCCAUCCUUAAAAGGUGGAAACAAAACAACAGAAGUCACCGCACUGCUGGACACAGUCGUCACACUUGAGUGUGAGGCACGGGGAGUACCACUCCCCAUCGUCACCUGGUACCGAAAAGGAGAGGCCGUCCUGUCUAGCCGUCAGUCUCAGUACAUAGAGCAGGGUCGUUACCUGAAGAUCCCUCGGGUGCAGGCAUCUGAUGCUGGGCAAUACACCUGCAAGAUGACCAGUGUGGCCGGGACAGCUGAAAAGAGCUUUGAGCUUGAUGUCUACUUGCCUCCUUCCAUCGAAGGGCGACAGAGCGGGGCUUCUGAAAGAAAGGUAGUUCUCGGUAAGCCUCUCAUCUUGGAGUGUGAGGCAGGUGGCUACCCUCCCCCUUCCCUUACCUGGCUGAAGGAUGGAGUUCCAGUGCAAGAUGGAGACAGUGUUCAUGUCCUCGAGCAAGGGAGGAAACUAAAACUCCUGUCAGCCAUGGUUUUGGACUCGGGACGCUAUGUUUGUGUGGCAACGAGCAUUGCUGGGGAGACAGAGGUCAAAUACGACGUCAGAGUUUUGGUGCCGCCUUUAAUUGAUGGAGGAGAUGAAAUGACUGACAGCAAUGUAAUAAUAAACAGUCCUCUGGAGCUGGACUGCCACGCCACUGGGGCUCCUGCACCCGCCAUAACGUGGUAUAAAAAUGGUCAACUUGUCACACAUGGCGAGGGGCUUCGACUUGCAGCCAAUGGAUGGCGACUGAUUAUCCCCCGCACUCAGGUCUCGGACACAGGUCGCUUUCAAUGUGUGGCCACCAAUGAAGGAGGAGACCAUGAGAAAGACUUCAAUGUGGUUGUACAAGUUCCUCCAUUGAUUCGAUCCCCUGGGACUGCUGAACGUGCGGUGGUUCUGCAUAAACCAAUCAGUCUGGAGUGCAUCUCCAGUGGCAUCCCUGCGCCCACCAUUACCUGGCUUAAAGACAGUCGACCUGUUGAUACAUCACAGGGGCACUUUAAGCUGGAGUCAGCAGGCAGAGUGCUAAAGGUCAAAGGGGCAAGACAAGAGGAUUCUGGGAAAUACACCUGUCUGGCCACAAAUGCUGCUGGUGAAGCUCAAAAAAACAUACGGCUCAGUGUCCAUGUGCCCCCCACAAUCUCCACCACUGGAGACAUCAUCAACCAGACCAUCCUGUCAGGCUUCUCUACUGAGCUUGAGUGCAAGGCUGCAGGCAGUCCAUUACCUGCGAUAACAUGGUACAAAGAUGGCCGACCUCUGACAAGUGCAGCGGGCGUGACUGUGCUAAAACGUGGCCAGGUGCUUGAGAUUGAAAGAGCUCAGCUAUCUGAUGCAGGGAUAUACAGAUGUGUGGGAGUCAACUUGGCUGGAGUUGCAGAGAUAUCCCGCAGUUUGCAGGUGUUUGUGCCUCCAGUCAUCUCGAGCCGAGGUGGCACGGUAACUGUGGUAGUGAACGAGGCUGGUAGACUGGAAUGUGAGGCCACUGGAGUGCCCUUACCUGGUCUCACCUGGCUCAAAGAUGGCAGCCCUGUGACAAGUGUAUCCCAUGGCAUACAGGUCUUGUCCGGUGGCAGGGUGCUGUCUCUGAGCAGUGUACAGGUGAGUGACACGGGCAGGUAUACUUGUGUUGCUGUCAACGCUGGAGGAGAGCAACAGCGAGAUUAUGAUCUCCGGGUUUAUGUGCCGCCCGACAUCAAGGGUGAGGAAAUGAACGCCACCGUGAUGCUCGGUAGUCCUGUGGAGCUGCACUGUCUGAGCGAUGCCAUUCCCCCACCAACUCUGUUGUGGCGCAAAGAUGGUCGCCCACUCUUCAGGAAACCUGGUCUGACUCUCUCAGCAGAUGGAAGUUUGCUCAAGAUUGCCAGUGCUCAGGUGCACGACUCUGGCAGAUAUACCUGUGAGGCCACAAACAUUGCUGGCAAGACAGAGAAGAAUUAUAACGUGAACGUGUGGGUUUCUCCCAGUAUUCGAGGCUCAGAAGAGGUGUCACCGCUCACAGUGAUUGAAGGAAGUCUCAUCACACUGGUGUGUGAAUCCAGUGGAAUACCACCUCCCAGUCUGAGCUGGAGGAGGGAUGGUGCGGUGCUCCAGCAUGACCAGCGGCUCAGGGUUUUGUCAGGCGGUCGUCAGCUCCAGAUUUCCAGUGCUCAGAGGGCAGAUACAGCUUCCUAUGUCUGUAUGGCCUCCAAUGCAGCCGGCAGCACCUCCAAGGAGUACAGCCUGCAAGUUUAUGUCCGGCCUUCCAUCAGACGCAGGGAGGGCAGCGCAGAUGACGUCAUUGUGACAAAAGGAGGCAAUGUGACAUUGCAGUGUGCUGCAGAUGGCGUGCCACGGCCAGCAGUCAGCUGGCUGAAAGAUGGACGACCCAUCACAGGCUUGCAUGGGGCUAAGCUUCUGAAUGAGGGAAGGCUGCUUCAGAUUAAAGAUGCUAAGGUUUCAGACACAGGACGCUACACUUGUAUGGCUGUUAAUGUGGCAGGGCAGGCAGACAGCAAGCAUGACAUCAGUGUGCAUGUCCCACCUACUAUCAUUGGUGAGGUUCAGUUCCCAAAAAAUGUCAGUGUUGUUGUGAAGAACACUGUGGCUCUUAGCUGUGAGGCUUCUGGUAUUCCUCUUCCUGCCAUCACCUGGCUGAAGGAUGGUCGGCCAAUCAGAGGCACCAGUUCUGUUCGUGUUCUUUCAGGUGGACGUAACCUGCGUCUAAUGCAUGCUGUGGUGGAGGAUGCUGGGAGGUACACCUGCAUUGCAUCAAACAGUGCUGGAGAAGAAAAGAAGAAUUUUGACCUUGAUGUCCUUGUUCCACCAAGCAUUGUAGAACAAGGAAGUGUUACAGACACAAAAGUGAAGGAGAGGCACAACAUUACUCUGACCUGUGAGGCCUCAGGUAACCCAAUUCCAGAAAUUACAUGGCUAAAAGAUGGGAAAGAACUGGUGCCUGAUAGGCACAACCAUGUCUUGUCUUAUGGACGUUACCUCCAAAUUUCUGGUGUGCAAGUGGCUGACACUGGCAGAUACAGCUGCCUGGCAUCGAACAAUGCAGGGGAUCGCAGCCGCCAUUUCAACCUCAAUGUCCUGGUUUCUCCUACCAUUGCUGGAUCAGGACCGGAUGGUUUGGCAGAAGAAGUGACGGUAACCCUGAGUAGCCCCACCUCACUGGUGUGUGAAGUUCAGUCGUACCCGCCUGCGCUGAUCACCUGGCUCAAAGAUGGCAUAACGUUCGAAUCCAGUCAUAAUGCCAGAGUUCUUCCAGGUGGGCGAACCCUGCAGAUUCUUAAGGCAAAGGAAGGCGAUGCGGGGCGUUACACUUGUGUCGCCACUAAUGAAGCUGGAGAGACACUCAAGCACUAUGAUGUCAAAGUAUAUGUCCCCCCACAAAUCGAUAAAAAUGAUAUUCCAGGCGAAGGACUGACCCCGAAAGAAGUCAAGGUCAAGGUCAACAGCACACUUACCCUGGAGUGUGCAGCUCAGGCCUUUCCUACCCCAGCGUUGCAGUGGUACAUGGACGGAAAGAUUCUGCGGGCAGAUGAGCAUGUGUCCAUCACAGCUAAUGGUCGGAUUGUUCAGAUCAGACAUGCUCAGGUGUCAGACACUGGUCGCUACACUUGCAUAGCCACUAAUGUAGCGGGAGAGGACGAGAAGGACUUUGAUGUAAAUAUACAAGUUCCUCCUAGUUUCAACAGACCCGCUGGAAUUGGUGAUACACUGUCCCCAUCAGGCUUCGGAGUGGAUGCUCGUGAUGUGAUACUCAAUAAUCCAAUCUCUUUGUAUUGUGAGACCAAUGCUGUACCCCCUCCUACACUCACGUGGUACAAAGAUAUCCAGCCACUGACCUCUAAUGACAAUAUUCUGAUCAUGCCAGGAGGAAGAGUGUUACAGAUCCCCAGGACUCGGACGGAGGACUCGGGCAGAUACACAUGUGUGGCAGUCAAUGAAGCAGGCGAAGACUCCAUUCACUAUGAUGUUAGAGUAUUAUGGCCCCCUACUAUACGAGGAAUACACAGAGAUAUACCUGAUGAGGUGACAGUCUUGGCCAAUAAAACAAGUAUUUUGGAAUGCCACGUGAAUGGAAACCCCGUCCCCAAGAUUACCUGGUUUAAAGACAGUGAGCCAGUCAGCCCUGAUGGCCCUCAUAGGAUUCUGUCCAAUGGCAGAACACUUCAGGUGUUGACGGCUCAAGUGUCUGACACAGGACGCUAUGUGUGUGUGGCUGACAAUGUGGCUGGAAGUGUUGAAAAAUCCUUUCAUCUGAAUGUGCACGUUCCUCCAACUAUUUUAGGCCUAAACCAUGAGAAUGUGACAGUAGUGAUCAACAACUUUGUCUCCCUGUCGUGUGAAGCCACUGGUUUACCGCCUCCUACCUUGAGUUGGUUAAAUGACAGGGGUCCAAUUCAGGCCAACCCCAAUGCACUCAUCAUGCCGGGUGGUCGUACUUUACAAAUCCUGAAAGUCAAAGUAUCCGAUGGUGGAAAGUACAGUUGUGUUGCCAUGAAUGCAGCAGGAGAGGCUUACAAGAACAUAUACCUGACAGUUUUUGUUCCCCCGAGUAUCCGGGACAAUAACGGGGAUUCUCCUGUGAUUGUCAAUGUGCUUGCGGGUAAACCAGUGACUCUGGAGUGUGAAUCCAAUGCAGUACCACCUCCCACCAUCACCUGGUACAAGAAUGGAAGGAUGGUGACAGAGUCUGUCAACUUGCACGUGCUGGCUGGGGGGCAGACGCUUCAGAUCAGAAGCUCAGAGGUGUCUGAUACUGGGCAAUAUGUCUGCAAGGCCACUAAUGUUGCUGGUCAGGUGGACAAAAACUUCCACCUGAAUAUUCAUGUUCCUCCUGAUAUCGAUGGCCCAGCUGAGGAAAAGGUUGUAGAAACUAUCAAUAACCCAGUCACCUUUGCCUGUGAUGCCACUGGGAUCCCUCCUCCCAGUCUCAUGUGGCUGAAGAAUGGACAACCAAUAGAGAGCUCCGGUUCUUUGGAAAUGCACAUCUUCUCUGGAGGCAGCAAGCUUCAGAUUGCACGGUCACAGAUGUCUGACCGUGGCACUUACACUUGUUUGGCUUCCAACGUGGAAGGCAAAGUGCAGAAAAACUACCACCUCACCAUACAAGUCCCUCCUAGUAUCUCUGGGUCAGAGCUACCCAGUGAGAUUGGAGUCUUGCUAAAUGAAAGCAUACAGCUGACAUGUCAAGUCCAGGGAUCGCCAACUCCGACAAUCCAAUGGUUAAAAGAUGGAGAAGUCAUCAACAAUGCAGGGAAUAAGGACUUCAGGAUCAGUCCAGAUGGCAGCAUUCUCACUGUGACUGCUGCCCACACCACUCACAGUGGCAAGUACACCUGUGCAGCCUCCAACAGUGCAGGAGAAGAAGACAUGAUAUUCAAUUUGAAUAUAUAUGUGCCUCCUGUGAUCGAGGGCAUCAGUCAGAAAGUUGAGGAAUUGACCACAGUCCUUGACAGCACAGUCAACAUCGAGUGUGUUGCAACAGGAUCUCCUCUGCCACAGCUUAAUUGGCUCAGAAAUGGCCUUCCCCUUGCAGUGUCCUCACACAUACGUCUUCUCUCUGCUGGCCAGGUGCUCCGGAUUACACGCACCCAAGUGUCAGAUGGUGGCACCUACACCUGUGUCGCAUCAAAUAGAGCAGGAGUUGACAACAGACAUUACAACCUACAUGUGCAUGUCCCCCCAGUUCUGGAUAGCGCAGGAAUCACAGAGGACAUGACUGUAGUUAGAGGAAACCUGGUUUCUCUGCUGUGUUUCGCUGAUGGAACUCCAGCCCCAUCUGUCACCUGGCUCAAAGAUGGGGGACAGCUCUCAUCAGAGAAGCAACUGAGACUACUGAACCAAAAUACUACUAUGCAGAUCCUCCAGACUCAAGUCAGCGACACAGGACUCUACACGUGUAUCGCUAGCAACACAGCUGGUCAAGCAAGCCGUCACUUUAACUUGAAAGUGCUUGAACCUCCACAAAUCGAGGGAUCUGGUGUAGCUGCAGAAGUGUCUGUGGUGGUUAAUAAUGUACUGGAGCUUCAGUGUGAGGCCUCAGGUAUCCCUCCACCCGCCUUGACAUGGCUGAAGGAUGGACGUCCCCUCCUCCAAACAGACAGCCUGCGACUCCUUCAAGGAGGAAAAGUGCUCCGUGCGGCCGCAGCACAGUUGGAGGACACUGGCAGAUACAGCUGCUUAGCCAACAGCCCAGCAGGCGAUGAUGACAAAGAGUUCUUAGUGCGAGUGCAUGUUCCCCCGAACAUUGUGGGGGAGAGCACACCUCAGGAGGUGUCAGUGUUGCAGAACAGACAGGUGACUCUGGAAUGCAAGUCUGAUGCUGUUCCACCUCCAACUCUAAACUGGCUCAAAGAUGGUCAACCAUUGCAGUUGUCUGCACGUGUGCGCGUUCUCUCAGAGGGCCGCUACUUACAGAUCAACAUGGCCACGCUCGGUGACAAGGCUCAAUAUACCUGCGUGGCCAGUAACAUCGCUGGCAAGACCACACGAGAAUUUAACCUGAUUGUCAAUGUGGCCCCAACAAUCAAAGACGGCCCUCAGGCACUGUCAGUUCGUAUUAAUAAGCCAGCCGUGCUUGAGUGUAUUGUAAGUGGUGUACCAGCACCUCGAGUCACGUGGAGGAAACAUGGAGCCAUAUUGGCUGGAAAUAACCCCAGGUACACAUUUAUGGAGGAUGGCUCAUUGCACAUCCACUCUGUACAAGUGACUGACACCGGCCGCUAUUUGUGCAUGGCAACAAACCCAGCUGGCACACAACGCAAGAGAGUAGAUCUUGAAGUACACGUGCCUCCGUCUAUUCUUGAUGGACGCACCAAUGUGACGGUUACGGUUAAUGUUCAGACCACCCUCUCUUGUGAGGCCAGUGGCAUACCCAAGCCCUCUGUGAUCUGGCUGAAAAACGGCCGAGGAAUCAAUACUGACCAGAACCAGAAUAUGUACAGGUUGCUUUCAUCGGGCUCUCUAAUAGUGAUAGCGCCCACAGUGGAGGACACGGCUUUGUAUGAGUGUGUUGUCUCAAACGAGGCAGGGGAAGAUGCCAGAUCCAUCAAUCUCACUGUCCAAGUUCCUCCAUCAAUAGCCGAUGAACCCACAGACCUGGUUGUAACGAGAUUGUCCCCAGUGGUCAUUGCCUGUACUGCAUCAGGCAUCCCAGAUCCCACAAUUCACUGGAGCAAAGACGGCGUCAAGCUGGUCACACAGGGACAAGGAUACAGAAUCUUGCAUACAGGUCAAGUAGAAAUAAACUCAGCUGAGCUCAGUCAUGCAGGACGCUACUCAUGCACAGCCAAGAAUGCUGCAGGCUCUACUCAUCGCCAUGUGCAGCUUAUAGUGCAAGAGCUUCCUGUGAUCCAUUCACACCCAUCCGCACUGGAGGUGAUCCUCAACAAUCCAAUCUUGCUACCCUGCAGGGCCACGGGCUCACCAAGGCCGACAAUCACCUGGCAGAAGGAGGGCAUCAAUAUACAUACCACAGGUGGAAGUUUCACAGUGCUACCUAACGGAGGUCUACAGAUCACCAAGGCAUCUGUGUCCAACUCUGGAACUUAUAUAUGUGUAGCUCAAAACCCAGCGGGUACAGCCCUGGGAAAGACCAAACUCAGAGUACAGGUACCUCCAGUCAUCAGCUCAGAAACCCAGAAAUACCUGGCUCCUGUGGACUCCUCCGUGAUGCUGCAGUGUCACUCGGAUGGCGUCCCUCCACCUUCUGUCACAUGGCACAAAGAUGGGCAGCCCCUGGGGGAAUCUGUACGUCAGCGGGUGCUCGGUUCAGGCUCCCUUCAGAUCGCAUUCAUCCAGCCGGGCGAUACGGGAAGAUACACUUGCACUGCUGCCAAUGCCGUGGGAAGCACGAGCCUGGAGAUGAGCCUGACUGUGCAAAUUCCCCCCUCCAUUCAUGACUUAGCACAGGAAGUAGUUGUGUUGGAAAGUAAUCAGGCCCAGCUAGCAUGUGUGACAAAGGGCGUUCCUCAACCAACCCUGUCUUGGGAGAAGGAUGGUGUUCCUUUCGGAGAGGGAACUGGGGAGUACACCAUUUUACCCUCUGGGGAGCUGGUUAUCGAUACUGCUCAGCCUGGUGAUGCGGGCAGUUAUACAUGUGUUGCCACCAACGAAGUGGGUCAUGACAGUCAGACAGUGACCCUGUCUGUUCAUACCCACCCUGUCUUCACCGAGUUGCUUGCAGACGUCUCCCUCAACAAGGGCGAGCGCCUCCUGCUGGACUGUGGAGUCAGUGGGAUCCCCCCGCCUAGGAUCACAUGGGCCUUCAACAACAACAUAAUUCCAGUUCACUAUGAUCACAUGAGCGGCCACAGUGAGUUGGUGAUAGAGAGAGUGAAUAAAGAAGAUGCUGGCACUUAUACCUGUAUGGCAGAAAACUCAGUUGGAAGUAUCAAGUCUUUGGGCUUUGUCCAUGUCAAAGAGCCUCCCAUUAUUGAUGGGGACCUUAACUCCAAUCGUAUUGAACCUUUGGGCGGCAAUGCCAUCCUGAACUGUGACGUUCGGGGAGACCCACUUCCCACCAUCCUGUGGAGUAAAAAUGGAAUAAACUUGCACAUAAACAACCGCAUUCGUCAACUGGACAACGGUUCUCUAGCUAUCUAUGGCACAGUGGUUGAUGAUGCAGGCAACUAUAUUUGUGUGGCAACGAAUGAUGCUGGUGUUGUGGAAAGAAGUGUCACGCUGACCUUGCAGAGUGCACCCACCAUUAUAGUAGAGCCUGUAACAACAGUGGUGGAUGCUGGCACUACAUUGGUGCUCAACUGCCAGGCGGAGGGUGAGCCUACCCCCGUGAUAGAAUGGUCCAGUCAAGGGCGUACUCUAUUGGGCCGCGACCACUUCUCCACUCUGUCUAAUGGCUCCCUUAGGGUAAACAGUGCCCAAAAGGAGGACACAGCUGAAUAUGAAUGUGUGGCUAGAAACCUACUUGGAUCAGUACUGGCUCGGGCUGGAUUAACUGUUCAAGUUCAUGGAGGCUACGCCGAGUGGGCUGAGUGGGGCCCUUGUAGUUUAACAUGUGGGAUUGGUUCUCAGAAGAGGCAAAGACAAUGUAACAGUCCUCUUCCUGCCAAUGGAGGACGCCACUGUGCAGGAUCAGACACGGAGACACGCAGUUGUCACGGGAAGCCUUGUCAGGUUGACGGUAACUGGUCAGAGUGGUCUUUGUGGGAGGAGUGCUCUCGUACCUGUGGUCAUGGUAACAGAACAAGAAUGCGGACCUGCACUAACCCCCCAGCUCAGCAUGGAGGGUGGCCAUGUGAGGGAAGGACCAUGGAAGUCAUCAUGUGCAGUGUCCGGCCUUGUCCAGUGGCAGGUGGCUGGGGGCCUUGGCUACCUUGGAGCCCAUGCAGUGAGACCUGUGGAAAGGGUACGCAGUCCAGAAUCCGACUGUGCAACAACCCCCCGCCAGCAUUUGAUGGAUCACCGUGUGAGGGCACAGACACACAAACACAAGUGUGCAAGGAGAGACUAUGUCCUGUGGAUGGGAAGUGGUCAUCGUGGGUGAGCUGGGGAGCCUGCAGCGUUUCUUGUGGGGGCGGAACCAAGCAGAGAACACGCCUCUGUGCCAGCCCUGCCCCACAAUACGGUGGCAGGCAGUGUGACGGCAACGACGUACACAUUGACUUUUGUAAUAGUGACCCCUGUCCAAUAAAUGGGAACUGGGGUCCAUGGAGCAGCUGGGGCAGUUGCAGCAAGACUUGCAAUGGGGGGCAGAUGAGGCGUUACAGGACAUGUGAUAACCCCAGGCCGGCCAAUGGUGGCAGAGCAUGUGCAGGCGCGGAUGCACAAAUACAGAGAUGCAAGACAGCCACGUGUCCUGUUGACGGUAAUUGGGGACUAUGGCAGUCUUGGGGAGAAUGCUCUGCUUCCUGUGGGGGUGGAGAAAGGAGACGCAUGCGUCUCUGUAAUACCCCAUCACCAAGCAACGGUGGUCGCCUGUGCCCAGGAGACUCCUCCCAGCUGUCCAGGUGUAACAUCAAGGCCUGUCCAGGUGGGCCACAGAUGGCACGAGGAAGCAUAAUAGGGAAUAUCAACGAAAUCGAGUUAGGUAUCGCCAUACUGAAUGCCACCAUCAUAGACACCACAUCGAGUGGCAGACUCAUCAAAGCAUCUAUUUCAAAUAUACCAAGAUCAUUAGGGCCUGCAAUGAGGAAGCUCAUCUCCAUCCUCAAUCCCAUCUACUGGACCACUGCACAGGAGGUAGGAGAAGCUGUCAAUGGGUAUACAUUAACCGGAGGUAUCUUCAGGCGAGAAACGCAGGUGGAAUUUGCCACAGGUGAGAUUCUGAGGAUGACUCACAUUGCCCGGGGCUUAGACUCAGAUGGAGCAUUGUUACUGGACAUAGUAGUGAAUGGACAAAUCCUCCAGCUGCCCUCACAUGUUGACAUCAGCAUCAAGGACUACACAGAGGACUACAUCCAGACAGGUCCAGGCCAGCUCUACGCUUUGUCCACACGCAUGUUCAGCAUUGACAGGGAGAGCGUGCCCUACUCUUGGAACCACACCAUCUCCUACGACGUGUCCAGGGGCAAGAUGCCCUACCUGGUGGAGAUGCUUCAUGCCACAGCCAUCAGCGCUCAGUAUCAUGCCUUGGAAAAGGUGCUGGAAUACAGCAUCCAAGCUCGUAUCAGCAAGGGUGAUCGUAGUAACCGGUGUCCUCAUGGGUUCACUUUGGUUUCUGCAGGCCCAUACUGUGCAGAUGAGAAUGAGUGUGAAGUGGGAAAUCCCUGUUCUCAUGCAUGUCACAACGCCAUGGGCACCUACUACUGCUCUUGUCCCCGUGGGCUCACGAUCUCAGCGGACGGCAGGACCUGUCAAGAUAUUGACGAGUGUUUGCUGGGUGCGAACGUGUGUCAUGCCGGACAGGACUGUGAGAACACUAUUGGAUCGUACCGCUGCGUUAUGCGCUGUGGCCGCGGCUUCAGGAGAACUGCUGACGGUCACAGUUGCACAGAUAUAAAUGAGUGCCAGGAGUCCAAUCCGUGCAAUCAACACUGUCUUAACACCAUUGGUAGUUAUCGGUGCACCUGUGAGCCCGGUUUUCAGCUCAGAAACCGACGCUGUGUUGAUAUAAAUGAGUGCAGACAGAGGGUUUGUCGAUCAGACCAGCAGUGUAAAAAUACACGUGGGGGUUACAACUGCAUUGACCUGUGCCCCGGUGGUAUGACCAAGAGUGCCAAUGGGACAUGUGUAGAUAUUGACGAGUGCAGGGAUGGCAUCCAUCAGUGCAGAUAUAACCAGAUCUGUGAAAACACCAGAGCGAGUUACCACUGCACGUGUCCACGUGGCUACCGAUCUCAGGGUGUGGGCAGGCCCUGUGUUGAUAUAAAUGAAUGUGAGCGGCUUCCGCAGCCCUGUGCCCACCGGUGCGUCAACAGUCCAGGCAGCUUUAGGUGCACCUGCCCACCGGGGCGCUACCUGCUGGGGGAUGGCAAGUCUUGCGCCGGGCUUGAGCGCCUGCCAACGUAUGAGACUUACUCAUAUGGCUUCCGAACAUCACAGUCCUACCCUGAACGCAAACCCUACCAGCGUCUCUACCACAACUUGGCCUCUCACAGCUAUCACUCCUUCACCGCCAACACAAGGGGGCACGACAGUGGCCGUAGCCGCAGAGGAGUCCGCAUUAACUCAGCGCAUCAGGGCCCCGGAGCUUGUCAGGAGGGGUUUGUGUCCAAGGAUGGCCGCUGCUUAGAUAUCAACGAGUGUGAGGUGAGGGAUGCCUGCCAGCACGAGUGUAUGAACACACCAGGGAGCCACAGGUGUCUUUGCCCGGCUGGUUACCACCUCAUGACCAACGGCAAGACAUGCCAAGAUAUAGACGAGUGUCUUGAGCAGAGCAUCCAAUGUGGAUCCAACGGCGUGUGCUUCAACAUGAGAGGAAGUUACCAAUGCAUUAACACACCUUGUCCACCAAACUACCAGAGAGAGCCCACCACAGGGUUCUGUCUGAAGAACUGUCCUCCAAAUGACCUUGAAUGCGCUCUGAGCCCUUACGCCCUCGAGUACAAGCUGCUGUCUCUUCCCUUCGGAAUCGCAGCCAACCAAGACCUCAUCCGACUGGUGGCCUACACGCAGGAUGGCGUGAUGCACCCGCGGACAACCUUCCUUGUGGUGGACGAGGACAUCACGUUGCCUUUCGCCAUUCGAGAUGAGAACCUCAAAGGGGUGCUGUUUACUACUCGACCUUUACGAGAGCCUCACACGUACCGCAUGAAGGUGCGAGCCCUGUCCUACAGUGAAGACGGAGGCAUUGAGUAUCAGACCACCUUCAUCGUCUACAUCGCCGUCUCGGCCUACCCCUACUGAGAGCACUUUAAAUGACGCCAGGCUGAAGGUGCGUCGGGCUUCGGUUGCAUCCUCCUCAUGCAGCUCCACUGGGAUACACUGCGUUCACAUCGAGAGAAUGAACUAAGAACAUUGACUUGUGUGUGAGGGAGGGGCUUUUGGAAAAAGUGGAUUGAAAGAAAAAACAUGUCAUGGCUAUUUAUUUGUUUUAAUUCCUGUCCUCGUGUUUGUAAGGCCUUGGUUAAUCAAUAAAUGAUUGUUUCCUGUCACUCACAAAACGCUCACCAGAUGCACAGAAAGGCAUGGUCACUAGUUGGUCAAAAGUAUUGGGACAUGUGGCCGUUACACCGACAGGAAGUGAAAAUAUAAGCAUUUGUGAGAUGUGAUGGAACUGAGUGAAAACGUGCUGGCCAACCAUCUCUCUUUUAUGAGCCUGAGCUCUGGUGCACAUCAUGCUGGAACAGGAAAGGGCCUCGACCAAACUCGUCCUACAUGAAAAGGAUUAUCCAAAGUGUCUCGAUAGGUCUUGAUGAGUUAAGAUUGAGGAGGAACUAAAUCCAACCCCUGGUUGAUUAAUUGACUUGGUGUGUCCCAAGGUUUUUUGUUUAAAUACUCAAAGCUUUAACUUAUUGGGAAGUUCUUGAACAUAAUUACAUUGUGGAGAAGUGUCAUUUUAUAUGUGGCAUAAAGGCACACUGAGGAAGCAUCCCAUCAUACCCACGCAUCAUGAAAACCCUGGUUUAUGUCAUCCUGUUUUCCACCAGCUGAGAUUUAUUUUAUUUUAAACUUGUACAUAAGUGUUGUUUGUU